UCUUUCUUUAGAUUCAUCCUACCUGUCUAAGGCAUUCUGCCUGAAACACACGAACUCACAGCUUGUAAUCUUUUCUCUAAUAACAAUCCUUAGCCUUUAAGAGCUACCACUGUACAAUGAUUUUUUCAAUAAAUUAUUUGUUUAUUUACACCCUAAACCUUAAACAGACUUUUUUAAAUAUUUUUUUCUAUAGUUGGAUCUAGUUAAGACUGCAUAGACUUUAAACACUUAAAAAGGAAAGCCAUGGACGCAAUAGUACUCCCAACACUACUGUAUGGAUGCUAAACUUGGACACUUACCAAAGACAUACAAAAGAUAAAUGUUUUCCAGAGAGCAACAGAGAGAAAUAUGCUUAAUAUUAAAAAAAACAUUACAGAAAAAGAAACUGAUAUUUUAGACAAAUAACAAACAUAACAGAUGCAGCUGAACUCACAUGUAGGCUGAAAAGAAGAUGGAUGGCUCAUAUAGUAAGCACAGCUGACAAAAGAUGUAGUGAGAAAAUUUUACAUUGGCCCCCACAUGAAGAUAAGUGAGCCCACCACCCAAAGCAAAGAUGGAUCAUCAGGCGAGCAUAACUCUGUGUUGGGAGUGUCUGGCUCUGCUGCACAAGACCCGCAAGUUCCAGAGACAGGUGCAGAAAGCACACACGAUUCUGCAAGACUCCUUACUACUUUCACCAGCAAAACCUACAUUGUCAUCUCUUUCUGUCCACCAACAUUUUGAAUAUGAUGCUAUUUUUGAAGAAAGCACACCUACUGAACUACCAAUUUCUUAUGAAACACCAGAACAUCAUAAAGUGAUUGUACCCACAAAAUACAAAACUAAAGGUACAAAAAGCAGUAUAGAAAAUGAAAAUACUGAUAAAGUUGUUCUUAAUGAUAUUUAUGGAGAUGUAAAAUGUAAUAAUGAUAUUAAAAUUGAACAUCCCGAUGAUGAUAGUGAUGCUGACGUUGAUCAGUAUUUAGAAUCUGAUGAUAGAAAUUUAAAUUCAUCUGAAGAAAUUACAGAAACCAAAAUGCGUCCUCGAAAAAGUUUACGAAAAGCUGCCAAUAAUUCGGAAGUAAAACAUUUAAACCAACAAAAUACACAAAACUUAAGAAAAGAAUCUUCUAAAAUGAAAACUCCUGCAAUGCUGAAAAAAGUAAUUGUUAGAAAACAGAAGACGCCGAAAAAAAGAAUAACUAACUCUAUAAAAAAAUGUUCUGAUGAAAUUGAAAUAGGCACUAUAAAUAACAUAGAUAAUAAUAAAAAAGUAGAAAAUGAUCUUAGUGAUGCAGGUAGUCAAGAUGCUGCUGUUGCUUCAAAAAGAAAAAAACAUCUCAAACAAGCGGAAGAUCCAGAUUUCAACGUAGAUACUAAAAAAGGAAUUAGUUCAAAUGAUAACGACACACUUAUUGGAAUCCAGGAAAAUAAAGGAGAUCAUAAAGAAAAACCGAUAAAGAAAAAGGAAAGAUCGAAACUGACGAAGAAACUGAAAUAUAAUAAAAUAUUCACAAAGUAUAAAAAAAUUGAACAUGUUUUGCAAUAUUUUCAAGAAAUCGAAAUGAGUCAGCAAGAUUUAAAGAGCACUUUAGAAAAAGAUGAUGCAAUUGUUGAUGACAAGUAUCCUGUUAAAUGUACCAUAUGCGGUAUGAUGCUUAUGUUUGCCAGAAGUUUAGACGCUCAUGCAUACAGAUAUCAUAGAAAAACUCUUCCCGAUCUAAUAGUCAACAAACGUUUCAUCUACCCGCCGCUCCAGUUACCUCAGAAGUCCGUCUGGCGCUGCUGUGCUUGCUCCCGAAUGAUGCGAAAAGAGCACAUAGUCGCUCAUAUGAAUAGAUACCACAGCAUGCAAUAUUAUUGCAUCGAAGCUGGGUGUGAAUUGUAUCAGAAGGACAAGAAGUAUUUUUGGGAAAAGGAACAUUGCAUUCAACACUGGGACGAAGUUCACAAACAGUGCAUAUGUGACAUCUGUAAUAAAUGGUUGAGGAAAAAGACGUCCAUGGCGGUUCAUAUCAUGGAAUCUCACCGCCCUGCCAGAGCGCCGAAACCCCUUCAAUGCCCCUACUGCUCCAAGACGUUCACCACUCGUUCGACGCUUCACUUCCAUAAGAAGAAACACAUGGUCGAGCCGGCCGAGCUGCGGUACUGCGUCGAGUGUGACACCACCUUUAAGAAUGUUUUCACCUUCAAGGCUCACUUCCGCACAUUCCAUUCGGGGAAGCCUAGAGCUAAAUUACCAUGCACUGUGUGCGGCAAGGUGAUGAAAAGCAGGCACUCGCUUAAGCUCCAUAUGAACUACUUCCACAUCGGCGUUACUAAAUACCGCUGCAACAUUUGUGGAAAGUAUCUGUUCAAUCCACACUGUCUGAAACAACAUUUGGAUAAACACAACAAUAUAAAAUCCAAGAAACCCAAGACUAUACCGUGCACAGUUUGCGGACGUACGUUUCAGUACAAAACUAGCCUUCAAGUCCACAUGCACACACACACAGGCGAACGGCCGUACAAAUGUCCGCACUGUGAGGCUGCGUUCACACAACCCUUCGUGCUACGCACACAUCUGGCUAAACAGCAUAAUGUGAACGCGGCCGUCCGACUCAAUGGGGACAUCAUACCAGUGAAGAAAACUGAUUAAACUGUGGAUGGUAGUGAUACAAUUUCUUAUUUGUGACCCGCGGCCUAAGAGAAUUUUAAAUAGAGGUAGAUUGAAAAUUUUAUAGCCACAGUAAAUUAAAUGUCAUCUUUCGACUCGAUUACAACUUUUAGAACGCCAUUUGACUUUGAUCCAUAUUCUUUCACUGACAUGAGUUAAAUUUGUUAAAUAUCAAAAAGUGGCGCGUGGCACGUUUGGCAUACUGUGCCGUUUUCAAAGAUUAUUUGCUACAAAUAAAUAUGACAUUGAUGCUUCAA